AUGAGAAAGCUUCAGGUAGAGCUACCAUUGAACCAGACGCAGAAGGUCCGGUUUGAGAGAUCUAUCGAGCGGCUACAAUUGUUGUCGUCAACCACAAACAACUCUGUAAUCGUUGCCGACUCUAUCAACGAAGAUGCAUACCUCCUUAAGGGACAUGGAACCUCCGAGGUAGAUGGUGAGUUGCUAGCGACGGUCUGUGGAGUUGUGGUUCAUGUGGACAAGCUUGUAUAUGUACGCAACUUGCGAGCCAAGUACAAACCUGAGGUUAACGAUGUAGUGGUAGGACGUGUGAUUGAGGACUUUGAGGUCUCUCAAAGCUAUUGGAGAGUGGAGCUAAACUCUACUCAAUAUGGAGUACUAAAGCUUUCUUCCACGAAUAUGCCUGAUGCUGUUCAGAAGCGAAAAAGGUUUGUGGAUGAACUCAAUAUGCGUGAUAUUAUUGUAGAAGAUGAUGUCGUUUGUUGGGCUGUAAUUCACCGUGAUGGUAGAUUGGAGCUAAAAGCGUUAAGUCACAAGUAUGGCAAGCUCGACAACGGAGAGCUACUCAAGGUUGAUCCUUACUUGGUUAAGAAAACCAUGAGUCACUUUCAUUACUUAGAAAGUCUUGGGAUCGAUUUGAUUCUCGGCCGCAACGGCUUCAUUUGGAUCGGCGAACACUCCCAAGUCAAAGAUCCUAACCAGAACAUAGGAAAAGAGAAAAGCUAUACGCCACUCGAGACUCGACAAAGCAUUCUCAGAAUUGGGAAUGCGAUACGGGUCUUGUCUAAUCUUGGCUUCACCAUGACUCUAGAAGUGGUUAUGGAAACUGUUAACUUAAGCAACACGGAGAAUAUUGACGUACAUGACAUGCUUGGAUCAGAGUUCCACGUUUUGGUCACAGAGAACGAAGCUGAAAGAAGAAGAUGACUUGCUAGAGGAAAAAUGUGAAA